AUGGGCGCCACCUCACAGAGCGGCUCCCGGGAGGCGCCUCGGCGCUGGCCACACAUGGGCCCCUCGGGGCGACGAGGCCGGCAGGUGAGCGACCAGGCCGCGGCUCUCGGGGCCGCCGGAGGAUGCGGGCGAGCGGGCGAGCGGGCGGGCGAGGCGAGCGGUGCUGAGGAGAGCGACGCCGAGCCGAGGCGGGCGGCAGUGCUGAGUGAGCGGCGCUCCUCCGGCCGCAGCCGCCCGCCGUUGCCCGGAGACCGCUUGGCCUCGCCUCCCGUCGCGCGACCCGAGCCGUUGCCGAGCGCUGACGGGAGCGGCCGAGGGCGAGGCCGCCGAGCCCCAGCCGACCGGCGGCUCGCGCCUCCCGGGGCCGAGCGCGCAGGCGCAGAGCGCAGUAACUGCCGGUUGUGGGCGGCGAACCGCAGUGGCGACGAGGCGGCGGGCCGGGGCGGAGGCGGCGCGGUGCGGCGCAGGCGGGCGGCUCCACCUCCGCAGUUCCGACGAGUCGCAGUGCCCGCAGCAGCGGCCCGCAGCGGGACGCGGUCCCCGCAGCCCGGCGCGUAG